UUUCUUCUCUGGUCAUUUAUCCUUAUUCCUCUCCUUUGGGCUUCUCAUCAUCAUUAAUGGCUUCUUAAUGUCUCUGCCUGGAGCCGAAGCUGCCACAAAGAAAUACAAGUUUGAUAUUCAAGUGAAGAAUGUGAGCAGGUUGUGCCAUGCAAAACCCAUUGUGACUGUGAAUGGGAGGUUCCCAGGACCUACCGUUUAUGUUCGAGAAGGAGACAGAGUUCUUGUCAAUGUCACCAACCACGCAGAAUAUAACGUCUCCAUUCAUUGGCAUGGACUGAAGCAGUUUCGAAAUGGAUGGGCAGAUGGGCCGGCGUACAUAACCCAAUGUCCAAUCCAAACAGGGAACAGCUACACCUACGACUUCAACGUGACUGGGCAAAGAGGAACCUUGUGGUGGCAUGCCCACAUUCUUUGGCUCAGAGCCACCGUCCACGGCGCUAUUGUCAUCAUGCCACCACUCGGCUCCCAACACCCUUUCCCUCAUCCCCACCGAGAAUUUAAUCUUCUGUUUGGAGAAUGGUGGCAUAAAGAUGUGGAAAAGGUUGUGAAGGAAGGGAAUCACUUGGGGCUGCCCCCAAACAUGUCGGAUGCACACACCAUCAAUGGCAAGCCAGGCCCGCUCUUCCCAUGCUCUGAGAAACAUACAUUUGCAAUGGAGGUCGAAGCAGGGAAGACGUACCUCCUGCGAAUAAUCAACGCCGCCUUGAACGACGAGCUCUUCUUCGCCGUGGCCGGCCACAACAUGACGGUAGUCGAGGUGGACGCUGUGUACACGAAACCCUUCACCACCCACGCCCUCCUCAUCGCCCCCGGCCAGACCACCAACGUCCUCCUCCACACCAACCAACCCCCCGCCCGCUACUUCAUGGCCACACGCCCCUUCAUCGACGUCCCCCUCGCCAUCGACAACAAAACCGCCACCGCCAUCCUCCAAUACGCCGGCGUCCCCUCCACCCUCCUCCCCGCCCUCCCGCUCCUCCCACUCUCAAACGACACCGCUUUCGCCCUCUCCUACAACAAGAUGCUCCGCAGCCUCAACUCCCCCCAGUUCCCCGCCGUCGUUCCCCAGGCCGUCGACCGGAAGCUCUUCUACACAAUCGGGUUGGGCGAGAACCCGUGCCCGACGUGCACGAACGGGACCCGAAUCGCGGCUUCUCUGAACAACAUCUCCUUUGUGAUGCCUCGGGUGGGGCUUCUUCAGGCCCACUACUUCAACAUGAGCGGGGUGUUCAGCACCGACUUUCCGGACCGGCCGCCGAAGGCGUUCAACUACACCGGAGCGCCGUUGACGGCGAAUCUGAAGACAUCCCAGGGUACCAGACUGAGCAGGUUGGCGUUCAAUUCGACGGUGGAGCUGGUGCUGCAGGAUACGAAUCUAUUAACAGUUGAGUCGCACCCGUUUCAUCUUCACGGGUAUAACUUCUUUGUUGUGGGGACCGGGAUUGGGAAUUUUGACCCGAGGAAAGACCCGUCUAAGUUUAACUUGGUGGAUCCUCCAGAAAGGAAUACGGUCGGAGUUCCCACCGGUGGGUGGACUGCUAUUCGGUUCAGGGCUGAUAAUCCAGGUGUUUGGUUCAUGCACUGUCAUUUGGAGUUGCAUACAAGCUGGGGUUUAAAAAUGGCGUUUGUGGUAGAAGAUGGAAAAGGAGCAGGCCAGUCCAUUCUGCCUCCCCCAAAGGAUCUUCCACCAUGCUAGCUGGCUAGCUGCAUGCUGUGAUUAUUUUAGACUCUCAGAAAAUGAAAGAAAAGAGUAUUUGUGUGCACAUUACUAACAUCUAAUCAUUUCAAAGUACGGUUUAUAUAUAUAUAUAUAUAUAUAUAUAUAUAUAUAUAUAUAUGCUUCCCUGCAAGAAUUGCAGGUGGGUUUCUCACUACUCUUGGAUAAAAUUUGGAUCCGAUGAGAAUUGUAAAAAUUUGUUUGUAUUUGAUUGAGAAUAUCGAAGUGUAAUAAUGAAACUCCAAUGAAAACAUGUACAGUGUUAUUAUUGUUCACUGUUAAUUUU